AUGACCUCGGAUAAACACCUUUUUGUGUUGAUUCACGGGCUAUGGGGUAACUAUACACAUAUGGAGUCUAUGAGGACAAUCCUUUCCGCUACAUUGAAAAAGGAAAAUGUUAGAGACGAUAUGAUAUAUUUUUUACCAAAGCAGAAUGCGAUGUUUAAGACGUUUGAUGGUAUCGAAAUUAUUGGGUACAGGACAUUGAUUGAGGUUUGUGAAUUUAUCCGAGACUAUAAAGACGGGAGAAUUACUAAAAUGAGCGUAAUGGGAUAUUCGCAAGGUGGAUUAGUGGCUCGAUUUAUGAUCGGUAAGAUGUUGACCGAAUUUAAGGAACUGUUUGAGGAUAUUGAGCCACAAUUAUUUAUUACGAUGGCAACGCCUCACUUGGGGGUGGAGUUUUACAAUCCUACAGGCAUAGCAUAUAAAAGCGUGUUAUAUAGUGCAUUGAGGACUCUUGGAUCUACCAUUUUAGGUAAAAGUGGGAGAGAAAUGUUCAUUGCAAAUUCGAGUAACGAUAUAUUAGUGAAACUGAGCCAGGGUGAGUACCUCGAAGCACUGUCGCUAUUUAAAUGGAGGAUAGCCUUUGCGAAUGUUAAAAAUGACCGUACGGUGGCCUUCUACACGGCGUUUAUUACGGAUUGCGAUCCAUUCAUUGAUUUUGACAACAAAUUGAAAUACACUUUCGAAGAAAAGAUUCCGGGAUCUGGUUAUAAAGGAAUAUUACCUAAGGUUGUUGACCUAAACGCUUUAAACAUUAAUAGCCAUGCCCCUGCCAAACCGACCAAGACUUAUAAGAAGUGGGGACGCACUAUUCUUAUAAUACUAGUUGCAACCUUUCUGAUUUUCCCAAUAGCCCUGGUUAUGAAUGGUCUGGGAACCGCCUAUAGUUAUAUUGUUACCUGUAAAUAUCGCAAAAUGCUCUCUAAUGGUAUCCUUCACAAUGAGGUUAGAGGAAGAUUAGGAUUGACGGAGCAACUGAAGGGCUACGUUACAGAUGCAUAUGGCUCUAUUAUAAACUCGGCUUUAGACAUGGAUGCGAACUAUGAGGCAAGUAAUACUAGCCUUGUGAACGAAGAAGAGCUUCCCUGGAAGGAAUUCAUUCAAAAAUACUCCAACAUAAAUGAUGGUGUCUGGAAAUCCAAAUUCAAGAAAUUACCCUUCGAUGAGAACCGGAAGGUUAUCCUGGGAAAUCUGAACAGGUUAAAAUGGAUUAGAGUCCCAAUAUAUAUAAAGGCUGUGAAUGCACAUGGUGUGAUUGUGGCCCGUAGAGGACUGGAUGAGAAUACAGCAGCUACAGGGAUAGCAUGUGUCGAAUUCACGGCUCAAUUAUUAGCAUAUUUGAUGCAAAAGAGCAAUUGA